AUGGCAGUGAGAGCAAACUCCCCAUGUGGCAGUGGCCGCAGCAGCCCCUCAUUGGAGGGUGCCGACUCUGGGUAUGCCUCAGGGACCAACAGCGAGAGUGAUAUGCCCGAGUUGUACUUCACCAAGCCACAUCUUCGCUUCCUCAAUCGUCAGCUUCAGUUUCUGGAGCCUCAGGAAAUCCUGAGAUGGGCCAUCACCACCAUUCCCAACCUAUACCAGACCACCGCUUUCGGCCUGACUGGCCUAGUGUCUCUCGACAUGUUGUCGAAGCUGAAGGUUCCCCGGCCUCAGAUGGUGGACCUCGUCUUCUUCGACACAUUGCAUCACUUCCCCGAGACACUGGAGCUGGUGGAAAGGGUACAAGCAAGAUAUCCUCUGGUGAACAUCCACACCUUCAAGCCGGCAGGAGUCGAGACAGCGGAAGAAUUCAAGGAGAAGUAUGGGGACAAACUAUGGGAGACCGACGACAACAGAUAUGACUAUCUCGUCAAGGUAGAACCAGCACAAAGGGCUUACCGUGAGCUCAACGCCUAUGCCGUCCUCACCGGCAGGAGACGGAGUCAGGGUGGGGCUCGAGGCUCCCUUGACAUUAUCGAGGUUGACGAGGCCGGGCUGCUGAAGAUCAACCCCCUGGCCAACUGGACCUUUGAACAGAUCAAGCAGUACAUUGACGAAAAUAACGUACCAUACAACUCCCUGCUGGACAGGGGCUACAAGAGUGUUGGUGACUGGCACUCGACGCAGCCCGUCCAGGUCGGUGAAGACGAGCGUGCGGGUCGUUGGAAAGGUCAACAAAAAACUGAAUGUGGCAUUCACAACCCUCGAUCGAAGUACGCGCAGUUUUUGAUGGAGCAAGAAAAGCAAAGAGAACGCGAAGCUUUAGAACAGGCCCUCGAAAAGGUCAGCCUCGAGGGGCAGUUAUGA